AUGCUAGCAAUUGCUAUUUUGAUCUACGGUUCAUUGCAGACAACCAUGAUGCUAAGAAAGGGUGACACUAAUAUUUCAGUGAAGGAGUUUUUCAUUGAUAGAACGAAUGACUACAAGAUACAUACUCCUUUCCCAAAAAUUCAGCUAUCUUUCAUCCUUGAAAAGGAUGGAGUUGACCUCAUCCAGCAAGGAGGCUAUGUUGAUGUCAAAGUAAACCAAGUUGAGCAAGUCUAUUUGAAGAAUAAUAUAACUGGCAUUGAGCAAAGAGACAGGACUAAGACGGCCAUUUCUUAUGAAAAAUGAGGUGGAAACUUUAAUUCAAAUGAUAACCAGACUAAAGAUAAUUUGAAUAUAGCUAAUUAUUAUUGCCUCACUAAUAAUUCUUUUACUGUUGGAGGUAGCUACUACUCUCCACAGUUUAAUUACUUUGAAAUCAGAAUGAACAAAUGUCAAGCUAGCGGCUCUGUUACUUGUAAGGAUGCAGCAGAGAUAGAUCGGGCUCUAACUGCAGCAGAUAUCAAGAUCGGUAUUACUAAUAGCUAUGUUGACCUUAAUGAUUACAAUGACCCUAUCAAAUAUUAUAUCGAUGAUACUUUUUAUUGGGAAACUUUCUCUAAUUUAAGGCUUAAAAUAGAUGCAGAGUUGCAGAAAAAUGAAGGGAGUUUCCAAGAUUCACUUUUUCAGCUAUAUGAACCUGAUUCAAAGGAGUUCUUUCAGAUGACAAAAGGGAAAGAGUCACUCAUUCCGCAGGAUAAUACUGAAGAGUUCUUUACAUUUUACAUUCGAACAGAUCAAGUAAGGAAAAUUAUUGAUCGAAAAGUGUACAGUAUAGGAGACCUCAUUGGACAAAUCGGAGGUAUCUUCGAAAUUUUGCAUCUAGGCGGAGCCAUUAUUACAUUCCUUGUAGCUGAGAAGUUGUCUACUGCUGCAAUAGCAUCAACUUUAUAUUUUGUUGAUAAAAAUGAUGGUACUAAUAAUGAUACAAACAAAAGCGGAGGUAAAAUGAGCAGAAAAGUGCACCCAAAGAACUCUCGAUUUCACCAGCACAACUCCAUACCAGGAUCUCAUCGCGACAAAUCUACAGAUUAUAAUAAGUCCUGAAGACAAGAUAGCAACUGAAUUACCUUGGAUAAGUUUAGUGCUGAUGAGGAAUCCCAUGAAUUUGAAGAUGCUCAAAAAGAAAUUUCCAAGAGACAGAGAUUCAAGUACACCACCAAAAAUGCUACUUGGUUCUUACUCUUGUUCGGGUGGGUAAAGCCUUGACUGGCUUUCUUCCUUCCAAAGUAUAAUCCAAAGCUGCCAAAGCAUGAGGAGAACUACUAUCUUGCAUCAGACAGAAUUUCUGAUGAGCUUGAUGUUACAAAGAUACUAAAAGCUAUGAGGGACUUAAAAUUAUUGAUAUCAGUCCUUCUUACUCGUAACCAGAAGUUAGUUUUAGACAUACAGAAGCAAAGCAUGAUUAAACCCUCGAAAUUGGAUGUACUAACCGUCAAGGUUGACCAAGAGGCGGAUCCAGUUCAAGAGAAACAUUAUGAUGCUUCAAGCUUGAUAGAAGGGCUAAACUGAGAUGAUUCUGAUAGGAAAAUCAACAGUGAAAUUUAUUUGAAUGAAGUCCUGAAGAGCAUGAAUCUGAGAAGCUCUAAUCUUGACCAGAAGCUUUACCGCUCAAUUUUCGAUGAGGAUGUUCAUAACUAUGAUCCAAAGCAUGUUGGGAAUAUUGAGACUUACACUGUAAAUCUUCAAAGAAGAUCUGAUUACGAUACAUUAUCAGAUAGAAGCUGCUCGGAGCAUAAAAAUGGCCAUAAGACAAUUGUUGAAGAAACAAAAGAGUAUUGUAACCUGAAAGCUCCUUCGGAAUCUAACAGGAAAGAAGGCCAUCGACGAGAUCUUCGGAUUCUUAGUGAAGAGGUUAAAGAGGCAGAGUCAAUGAAUGAUGGAUACAGUACUAGGAAACAAAAUGGCAUUGAAAGCCCCGGAUUUGCACUCUCAAUGAAAGAGAAUAACUUCUUUAAGAAAAAUACUGCAGUUGUAAAAAAAAAAGAACAGAAAGUAAUCAGCCAUCCUUUAUACAAGAAAGCAGAGAACCAAAGCUUGAAUCAUACACUUAAUCCUAAUAGAACUCCGAAAAGGAAGAUUAUUACUACAAGUCCGAGGGAUUUAACGAUUUUGAGAGGAGAGAACACUGGAAGCUUAUUAAGAGAGUACGAAAACAAGGUCUCCAAAGUCUUGGGCUCUUCCUACCAUUCUGAGCAUACUCAGUAGACCUAGAUCCUCCUAAAAUAUCAUUAUUUUCAUGAUU